GCGUGGUUAACCAGGAUGACGACGACGUGCUGGGCGUGGUUAACGCCCAGGACGCUCUGACAUCAAGCUAGCUGUCUGCGAUGCUAAGCUAACAACAACAAUGUGCGCCGCCUGUCAAUUCUGGAGACCGGACCGAGGGCGAUGCCUGAGGUCCCACGGCAUCAUUCUGCUCCUGUUGACGGACGUCUUCCUGCAAUGCGUCGGCGGGUAUCUGAGCUCUCCUCAUGUCGGCCAUGAACCCCCACCCUCCCCCCAUGGAGCCCAGCACGGACCUGUCAUCAGCAACCCGGUCAUCCCUGCUGCCGUAUCCGCUCUGCCCAGGGACGAGGAGGGCUCCACGGCCGAGUGCCCCAGCGCAGGCCAGUGCAGCCGGCUCCCGUCCAGCUGUGUCUGCUGCCACUACCACCACAAUUGCACCUACGGCCAGCCCACGGCCUUCACCUGCAAGCCCAAGAGGGGCGUGCACUGCCUGGCCGAGUCAGGGCAGCAGCAGGCCAACUUCUCUCUGUGGGUGCCCUGUCAGUUCUGCUGGCAGCUGGAGCCCUCCCAGUACACCUGCUCCAACUCCACCGACUGCAUGACCGUGGCCUGCCCACGGCGCCGCUACAACGCCACCUGUGAGGUGCACGACCACGUGCACUGUUUAGGCAGAAGAGUCUUCAAUAAACGGUUGUUCUGUAACUGGACCGGAGGUUACAAAUGGUCCACGGCUUUGGCUCUUAGCAUCACUCUGGGCGGGUUCGGGGCGGACCGCUUCUACCUGGGUCAGUGGAGGGAGGGGCUGGGGAAGCUGUUCAGCUUCGGGGGUCUGGGCAUCUGGACCCUGAUCGACGUGCUGCUGAUAGGGGUGGGCUACGUGGGGCCCGCCGACGGCUCCCUCUACAUCUAGGACCCCCGCCCCCUUGUGUAGGACCACCCACCACCCAGCAGGUGCUGGGUGGUGCUCUUUCACCACCUCCUCCUCCUCCUCCUCAUCAUCCACCACCUCCCGGCAUGGCUCCCUCAACAUCUAGGACCCCAGCCCCCUUGUGAAGACGGGGCCGAGUGUUGCUCCUCCUCCUCCACUCCCCAUAAGCCAAGAUCCCACCCCGGUUCAAUCAGCACGUCGAGCCCAGCCAAACCCCCUCCACGCCCCCGCAGCAGACCCAACUGCCAGCAGGCAGAGCGCGUUCUCCUGCCUCCCUACCAGGAGGCACUACCCACACGCCUGUCAGAUCAAUCCUAAUCAUCCGCCACUCCGUCUCCUGUCAAGCCUGUGUGGAGGAAAUGUGCCCGGAGGUGUGGACCUGAUAAUUUUGUUUACAAGCGGCUCGGAGGAGGAGGCGCCAUGUUCCAGUCGCCUCAGCUUAUUUAUUUCUUUGUGUGAACACGGCGGCGUCUAGAUGAGUUUAGUGAGGCUGACGAGAAGGUGUUGGAGCGGAGUGGUUUCCUGUGGACAAUUCAACUUCCUGGGACCCCAACCCCCCCCUCCCCACCACUCUCCCCCCUGCGGUGCGACUCCUUACACACAUGCAUGACGCAUCAGGAGGUUUUGAGUGGUUACCAUGGUUCCUGCAGGUCUAUGGAAACACCGGAGACAACAGAAAGGCCUGACCCUGUGACAAAGGCACGAGGAAGGGACAGAAUGAGAGGCAGCAGGGGGCCGCCCGCACAUACCUGCAGCCCCACAAAUGGUUAUGUUACGUCCCCCUGAGUAUAGGGGGGGACACUUUCAGUUUUGUGGAAUAGAUGGCGUUCAAAUUGUAUAUUGCAAUAUUCAGGAGAAAGCCAUCAGCCAAAACCCGGCCAUCCGCAGCUGGGUUUACUUGAUAACAUCCCGAUGUACGACAGGUUGCAGCACUCAUUCCACCCUCACCGGUCAAUGCUACGCUGACACUGAAACCUGGAGGCAACCCAGAGAUUAGAUUAAUUUUAUAGUGAUACACAGUGAUAUAUUAUCACAGUGGCUGCAACAUACAUUUUACAAGAAUAAUCGCCACAUUUUUUGCUCCAGGUCUGAAUAUUGUAUGCUUUUCUCACAUUUAGGACAAAAUAAACGACCACACUUAGUUUCCCAUGAUUCUUUAUAAUAUUGAUUGUUUAUCAGUUAAUUUCCUUUUAUUCUACUGUAAUUGUUGACAGUGCCAUUGCUGACAUUCGACUGUUGCGAUAAAAUGCUUUUAUUGGCCUGCUGUGUUUGUAUAUAAGUCCUUACUGUUGUAUUUCGUUGGAACACUGUAGAUGACUGUAAAAUAUCUCAAAUAAAACGGUGUGUUAAUCCAACCAUUAAGAGAA